AUGAAUUCCAUCCAACACAUUCUAAUCUCAUGUAUCUUAUUCGCAUACGUUCCUGCUUGUAACUCGUUUGUCAUUUCUCAACAACAAUCGGCAUCAUCAUCAUCAUCAUCAUCAUCAUCAGCAUCCUUGCAAUCAAUAAUAUCAUCACACCACGCCACUGCUACUACUACUACUACUACUUUGUCAGUGUCGUCCAUCACUUCACCGAAAGAUAUCGUCAUAUCCACCACUGACGACGAUGCGAGGAGCCAAUUUGGGACCAAGGAUUACUGGGAUGAGCUGUAUCAAGGACGUGGAGACUUUCCAGCCGAGGAAUACUCUUGGUAUUUUGGAUGGGAAGGAUAUGGAAAGCUUGUGAAGGAGCAUAUCGUUAGCAAAGAUUGUGAGAUUCUCAUUCCGGGGAUAGGGAAUGACGGCAUCUUGCUGGAUCUAUUGAGGAACGGUUACAAUAGACUUACAGCGACAGAUUACUCGGAACAUGCCAUUGAACGACAAAAAGAUCUAGUGUCCUAUGAGUAUUCGGAGGAUGCAGUCGAACUGAUGCCAAUGGACGCUCGACAAAUGGAAGGAGAUUGGACUGGUCGGUUUGAUGCCGUGCUGGAGAAGGGGGCUUUUGACGCCAUAUAUCUUUCUGGUGAUGGGAACCUGGAACAGAGUGUGAAAGAAAUCGAACGAGUAUUGAAACCAGGUGGUGUCCUCUUGAGUGUCUCCGGCGUCGUUCCAGAUGAACUUCGUAAAGAAGUCUUUCGAGAAUGGGAAUGGGUCAGGGAUGGAAGCCACGAACUGAAGGCUGGAUGCUUUGUGCUGAAACGCCCAGCAAAACGAUGA